AUGCAUUAUAACCGUCAUCGCCCCAUUGACCCCGGGGCGCACCCGUAUCAUCUCCAACAGCCGAAGUUUGCGGCGGCGGUGCCUGCGUCAGCACCGGCGCAGCCCGAUACUGCGACGGCCGGGCGACAAAGUGAGGCGGCCUCGCAACGUACUGAGGCGCCGCUGGUCGAGGCUGCAGAUCGGUCGCCGGGGGCGGCGGCCUCGGUCCAAGCGCCAUACCACCCCUGCCCGCAGCAGCAAUUGCGGCCGAGUUCGGCACCCCGAGCCGCCGCCGGCUGCGGCACCACAACCGGCACCGGAGGCCGAGCGCCCGGGACACCACCACCGCGCCCAACCGCGGCAUGCGGCGCCCCGCCACCCGCAUGCGGCCUAGGGCCGGUCAACUCGGGGCAGCCCGGCCGGCACCAGCGCCCGGCAGCGGGGCAGUCCCACCGCGGCCAGUUCCCGGCGGCGGACCGUUCCCACCGCGUGCAGUUCCCGGCGGCGGCGCGAUCCCACCGCGGCCGGCAGCACCCGCCGCGGGACUUUUCCCAAACGGCGCAGCCGCCCCUCGGCCAGCCAUGGCCACGAGGGGAGGGAUACGCCUAG